AUGGCCCUAAGCAUCGACAUUCAGCUGGAAGAGUCGAUCUGCGACGCCGCACAGGCGAUCGUGCAAGGUGCCAUGAACUACUACUUAGGGCUCAAGCACGGCGGAACAGUGGGAAUGUUCUCAGCACCUUACUAUUGGUGGCAAGCUGGUGAAGUGUUUGGCGGCUGGAUUGACUACCACCAAUUCUGUAAACCAGACAACGAUACAUUCAAGGAGAUUUUGUUCGAUGCCAUGUUGCAUCAGGCAGGAUCGAAGUUCGACUACAUGCCCAGCAACCAGAGUAUGACGGAAGGUAACGAUGACCAAGGUGUUUGGGGGUUGACGCUUCUUCAGGCUGCUGAGCGCAACUUCACCGACAGCGAAGACCACUCGUGGUUGUCGAUGGCUCAGUCGAUCUACAACCAGAUGUUGUCUCGUUGGGAUACAACCACUUGCCAUGGAGGGUUGAGAUGGCAGAUCUUCACGUGGAACUCGGGUUACAACUACAAGAACUCCAUUUCUAACGGAUGUUUCUUCCACAUUGCCGCUCGUUUGUACAGAUUCACCGAAGAUGAAAUGUAUCUAGAGCAAGCGGAGAAGAUCUGGGACUGGAUGUGGGGUGUAGGUUUCAUGACGGAUGAAAAGGAGUUUAUCAUCUAUGAUGGUGCCGACGACCAGACUAACUGCACAGACUUGACUGUUCACAAGUGGUCGUACAUUUACGGUGUAUUCUUGGGAGGAUGUGCUUACCUCUACAACGCUACAGAGGACGCUAUAUGGAAGACUAGGGUGGAGGAGAUCUUGGAUGCCUCCAAGUACUUCUAUAAUGACUCUGUCUUGUCGGAAUCUACAUGUGCGCCAUGGGGCAAAUGUAACAAUGACCAGCGUUCAUUCCUUGCCCUCUUGGCAAGAAACUUGGGUUUGACUGCAACCUUGGUUCCUGAGUUAUACGACCACAUCACUAAUGAGAUGUUGGCGCCUAGUGCCAAGGGUGCUGCUGCGUCUUGUUCUGGUGGUUCUGACGGCAUCACUUGUGGACAAAACUGGAACAUCGGCAGAUGGGACGGAUUGUUUGGCUUGGGUGAGCAGAUGAACGCCUUGGAGACCGUCAUGAGUAUGAUCACCACCAAGCACCCUCCAUACACCUCGAAUAAUGGAGGCUCGUCCAAGUCUGUUCCAGAUGCUGGGAACCACACGUCCACAUCUGUCAACAGUAAACUCAUUGAUGUGGCAACAAAGGAUAGAGCAGGUGCGGCCAUUUUGACCGCCAUCGUAUUGGGGUUGACCUUAUCUGGCGGCGUAUGGAUGUUGUUCUAG